UAAAACCAGCUCUUCUCGUGAACAAAGUGAGUCCUGCAGUUAGGGUUUUCAUACAACGCAGCGCCGCCUCUCUCGCUUACAGCUUCUGAAGAAGAAAGAUGGGUCACUCUAACAUCUGGAAUGCUCACCCCAAGAACUACGGCCCUGGGUCUCGUACCUGCCGUGUCUGUGGGAAUCCUCAUGCAAUUAUAAGGAAGUAUGGACUCAUGUGCUGCAGACAGUGCUUCCGCAGCAAUGCCAAGGAAAUUGGCUUCAUCAAGUACCGUUAAAUCUUCAAUAUGAGAUUCUACGAGGGCCUCUCUCUGUGUGUGGUGCUGGUAGAUGUCUGGAACUAGAGUUUUUUCCAUUUUCAUCUCCCUUCAGCUAAAUGAUGUAAUGGGAUAAUUUUGAUUUUAUGUUAGCUUCUGAAAGUGAACCGUUGUGGGUGGACCUAAUGACUAGUACCUUUAUUCUGAAUAUUUGUUUUAUACUUUUCCAUGUUUA